AAGCAGACACUGUAAGUUCAUUGCUUUGUAUUUAAUCCCAUUUAGAGACAAAAUGUCAGCCAGAGAUCAAUCAGGAUCCUUUUUUGAAUUCUUUCAUCAACUCCUACCUAAUCUCUUGGAUAGAAAAGUGUCUUCUGCACAGUUUGUCAUCUUACUAUUCACAACCUUUUCCAGAUGUUUCAUGAAGAUGAGCAGCACAGAUCGCAACACUGAUUCCUGUGGGAUUCCACUGGUGAAGUGGAUGAUGUACUGGAUUGUGUUUGCCUUUUUCACCACUGCAGAAACACUCACAGACAUUGUUCUUUCUUGGGCUGAGAGAUGCCCUGUUUAUGGAGUUUUCAUGGCUAUGGAUGAAAGACUAAAUGAUACUCGAAGAAGGUUUCCCUUUUAUUUCGAGCUGAAAAUCGCAUUUGUGAUUUGGCUGCUCUCCCCUUACACCAAGGGCUCCAGUGUCCUCUACAGGAAGUUUGUGCACCCAACGCUCUCCAAUAAGGAGAAGGAAAUUGAUGAAUACAUUACUCAGGCUUGUGACAAGAGCUACGAAACCAUGAUGCGAGUUGGCAAGAGAGGCUUAAACCUUGCUGCCAAUGCAGCAGUUACUGCAGCUGCAAAGGGCCAGGGAGUUUUGUCUGAGAAGCUUCGAAGUUUCAGCAUGCAGGAUCUCACUCUGAUCCGAGAUGAAGAUGCUGUGCCUAUGCGAAGCCGUGAUCCACAGCUGCACCCCUCUGGUGCGAGUCUUCUGGAAACUAUUGAAGACUCAGCUUCCUGUUACUCCUCAGGAGAGGAGAGCAGUGUGGCACAUCGGUCUAAUGGAACCCCAUCAGAUACUAGAACAGACCCAUCAGAUGAAGAUGCAGGAGACAAACUUCCUAAACGUACCCAGAGUCUCAAAACUCCUAAAAAGCUUCCAGUAAGAAGUGUAAAAGCCCGCCCUAAGAAGAAAGCUGCUGGCUCUCUUACUUCUGGUUCUAAUGCUCACUUUGACUCCUGUGAGAGCAUCAGAAUGAGGCUGUAUCAACUUGCUGAAGAUUGCUGAUGAGACCAAAAAGGCAUCAUCUAAGGACUAAAUUAUGAACACUACUUCUUACUGCUGUCUCAUGUGGGUCUCUCUGCGGUUGACCUGUGCAGAAUGAUUACAGGAGCAUUUAAUGAGCUGCACUGGGUUUGGACUUUGAGUUUGCCUGUUUGUUAGAAUCAUUGGCAGCUCUUGAGGCUAAGCCUCCUCUUCUCCUGGGCUAGCAGGCUCCAGUGGAAAUGACUGCUGAAUUUGUGAGUUGCUAGCCCUAAACAGUUUUUUCCUUAUAUUUCAUGAAACUCUUGACAAGCAAGGAACACUUUUUGUCAAAUUGACCUCACAGAAAUCUUAAUUGCAUCCUCCUUUAAUUUGAGUAUUACUAUGCACCUUAAAAUUUUAGCAUAGUUUGUUUUUCUAACUGCAGGAAAAAAAAAAAGAAUUAAACAUGGGAGAUACAUUUCACACUGCUUUUGAAAAUGCAGCUUCUGCUUUCUAAUGAGUUACCUAAUACACUGUGCAGUGAAAUUUCCAUCCUUCCCCUUGUAACUGCACACAAACUCAUUAUUUUUAGUUUUACUUGACAGAUUGGUAAAAUGAAGCCGUUUGAGAAGGGAGGAGGGCUGAACUUUUGUAGAAAUUCCAAACAGCUCUACACUGAUUCAUCAGUCCCAAGAGCACAGACAUUCCAUGGAAAUGUCACAUAGUCCUUCUGGCAUAUAAAUGAGGAAGCAGCAAUGAGUUUUCAGUCAUGCUGAUUUUAAAGUUCUUGCUCAUCUUCCAAUAAAAAUUCUUAGCAUUCAAUAAUAGAACAGUUGAAGCAAAUCCAAAAUCAAGAUAAGGAUACAGUCCAGAUUGGGCUAUUUCAGUCAUGAAGUGGGGGGGCGGGGGGGGGGAACCUUGCCUCUAGUGAUGUGUUUGUGUGUUAUUACAAUCACACUCCUUUCCUCAGCUUUUACAAUCAAGACAAAGAAAAUCCUGUAAGUCUAUGACUAUUCUAACUACUGUAAGACUUUUCCUAUUGGAAGAUUGUGAAUUUUAGCUUACUACAUACUUAAGCAUUGGUUUAUCUUUCAAUACAUGGAAGUAAAUUUUACCUUCAAAUUUUCUUUGAAGCAAGAUUUGUGCUUUAGUUUGAAAUUUUUGUCACAGAUCAACCUUGAGAAAUAAAAGGAACAAAAUAUUUAUGUUCAGGAACAAUAACUUACUGAAGAGGUAGAGUGGGAGAUUAGGUAGUUAAUAUGUCUGUGAUAGUUUUUUUUGUCAAAGGAUUUAAUGUUUAUUGAAUGCAAUGCAAAAAAACUCCCGUUCAUGUACCACUGAAGUUGAAUGUCUAGAAAUAAAAGGAAGUGCAAAUGGGAACGUUAA